GAUGUAGGUACGGGUACCGGUACCGGGUUCGGGCUGCCUCGUCACCGCCGUCGGACGGCUCACGGUCCCCGCGUUAUCCUCAUCCCGCGGAGCUGUCGGCUCGGCACCAUCUUGUUCCCCGCUGUCUCCCCGCCGCUCUGUUCCCUCCAUCUCCUGCCAUGGGAUUCCCUUCUGCCUUCUCCCUAUGGCCGUGACCCCGCACCGUAGCUGCUAUCUGCUCUCCUGCCCGGCCCUGAGCCCCCCCAGGGCCCUGUACCCUCCAUCCUACAGUCUGACUCCCUCCUGUUCCCCCAGCCGACUCUUUCUUUCCCUUCUGCUUUUAUUCCCUGUGCACUGAGCCCAGACCCUCCUUCCCUCCAUCCCUGCUGUGCCAUAGCGGUGGAACAGCUGUGAUGUGCCUCGUAUGACUCUAUUUGAGUGUUAGUGCUCUAUGGAGGAAACCAGCUGUGACAGAGCCGCUCCACUGCUGCAGGGGAGGUGGACCAGGUGACACGGGGUCCCUUCCAACCCCAACAAAUCUAUGAUGCCGUGUGGUAGCUUCUUUCUCCCACUCUUUGUGGUGGUUUUGCAUCAGCUGUGUCACAAUGUGGCACCCACGUCACUCCUGGAGCACAAAAAGAAGAAGUGAAUGCAUUCCUUGUGCUGUGAGCACAGCGAUAAGGACUGGGGCCUCUUGGACAGGUGGGGGUUUGGUGGAGAUCGGAAGGUUCUCAUCACUCACUCUGAAUUGUUCUCUGUGGGUUGGAACCUGAUUGGCUGGAACAUGGAAUCCAGUGCUGUGCUGCCGAAGUGACACUUGAUGAGUAACAGCUGUGUCUGAUUUACCAUCAAACCCCCAUUUUCCUUUGCUAAAAGAGGCUGAUGGAAAUCUCCCAGUGCUGGGAUGAGGGCUGACAGGGGCACCCAUCAUCCUGCUCUUUCUAGAUGUGCUCUGAAUUAUUAGAUCUUAAUGGUCAUUUUUGCUAUUGAUGUUGCAUGGUUAAGCUGUGCUUGCUGUAAGAUGUUGUCUCACAUUUGUGCCAUUUCCUUGGCCAUCUUUUAUUGGCAUCAGAUAUAUUUUGACUGUUCUUCUUUUGCCCGUCCUGCAUCCAGGCAACUGAUGCAAUUUAUACUUCAAAUUGCGCUGUGAGCUCUAUUAUGGUCAUUACCAAAACUAGUUGGCAGUUAGAAACACUGCUGCUUUUAAUGGCUAAAUGCAAUCUCCUCCCCUCCUAAGACACGUUUCCAAGAAAUACAGGGCUCUACUGUGCAAAGCAGUAACCUGGAAUUACAGGAGUGGAUCCUGCCUGUUAAGAGCUGUGGGUGCCCUGCAGGCAUUCAAGGCCAGGCUGGAUGUGGCUCUGGGCAGCCUGUGCUGCUGGUUGGUGACCCUGCACACAACAGGGGGUUGGAAUUGGAUGAUCAUUGUGGUCCUUUUCAACCCAGGCCAUGCUGUGAUUGUCUUCUCAACCCUCUCUUUCCAAAACAACCUCUGACUUCAGUUUGAUCAUCUCAGUGAAUCAAUAGACCGGAGUCGUAGUCUUACUUUUGAUUCCUGAUGCAAAGGCCUUGUCUUACAGCGUAUGGCUAAGGUCAGCUAAUGAUGCAUGCAUUGGUUAUAAAGACCUUUACAAAAGUGUUGUGAUACUUCAUCAGCUAAUGGACUGAGCACAGCUUCCUUCAGUGCCUUCAGAGUCCAGAAAGCUUCUUGUUGAUGUAUUUCAUCUUUAAUGUGCUAAUGGUCAGGGAUGGAGGGGAAGAAAGGUGGAGUUAGCAGCCAUGUUUGGAGCAAUGGGAGCUGAGAGGGAGAUUUAAAGGAGCAGACUUUUGUGUAGUGCUGCAUGUUGGAGGCAAGGAGGCCUCAGAGCAUCACUUGUGAGUCUCCAUCUCAGUGUCUUAAACCAACUUCUAUCUCUGCUCACAAAAAGGCAAAGCUGUCACUUGUUCUGAGUCACAGGCUGUGGCACAGCUUGAAGGUCGCUAACAAAAAGGGGAAAAUACAAUUUCCUUUUAAUUGCCUUAAGGAUAAACAUAAAUUCAGCAGAAUUAGAAGACCGUCAGAUUACCGUGUCGCUGUUGGGUUUAUUUGUGUGGGUAAAAUGAUAUUCAGAUUGUGGUGUGCUUUAGCAUCAUUUUUGCUGAUCUGGAAAUCUCUUUCUUUUAAGGAGAUUAAAGAGGCACCAUUUGAAAGGCGUGUUUGUCUGAUCUGUUGUUCUGUGCAGCCCUGUUUAUCCAUCCGAGAUUAUCUGGAACCACUGACACAGAGCAGCGCAGCACAGGGAGAGGAGCUGCAAUGACCCCACAGGGCUGGGAUUUAUUCCGGAGUUACUGAAAGAACAGAAAGAGCUUCUUCGGUGGUGAGAGAAAGAAAGGAAAGAGCAGAGUAAAAGCAGUUCCCUGCUCUGAAGGAGAUGCUGCACAUUGUUGUGAAGCAACUGCACGACCUGCGUGACAAUUAUAACAAAUUAAAGGAAGAUUUUGUCUAUAACCUCCGAAUUUUGGAAGAAAGAGAUAAAGAGUUACAGUCCUACGAUGUCACAUUCAGUCGUCUGAAAACGUCUGAGAGCGCAAAGCAGGCGGAGAUCAGCAACCUUAAAAUACAGCUGGAGAAACUGGAGCAGCUUCUGAUCAAAGAAAGGAGAAAAAGAGCUGAACUUCAUUAUCGCUAUCAACAAAACCUCGGAGAAGAUAAGUCAGAGCUGGAGCAGUUUUGCAGGUCACAGAGCAGUCACACAAACCAUCAGCAUGAGGAGCGUGUGAGCCUGAGCCACUGCAUGGAGAGAGAGCUCCAAGAGCUGCAAGGAGAGCUCGCUUGUCAGAAACAGGCUGAAGAGAACCUGCAGAGGACUGAGUACAGUUCUCAUGAAGUGGAGUCUGUUUCUUCUUCUUUCCCUGUUAAGAGACAGCAGUUCAUACAGUCACCAUUGUUGAAUUGUGGUGCUCUUCCUGAUGGAGAGAAGCAGCCAUUUCAGUCUCAUGAUAAAAGUUAUCUCAGGAAAGAUAUCCCUUGCUCGGAAAUACAGAAGCUGCAGGAACAGAAUGCCAACCUUCGGGCUGUUAUUGCACAGAUGAGGAAAGAAAUGGAGAGCCUUGAUGAGCAAACACCGUCCUCAGUGCCUCAGAGAGAGCAAAGUGCCCAUGGCCACACUGCAGGCAUCUCAGCGGUCACUGCUGCUGUCCCGAUGGGAAGGGCUGAAGGUUCGCUCUGCACAGACGGAGCUUCAGGGAGAACCGCAUCCAGCAACAUGAAUGGCAGCUCAGCCAGCUCGGGUUGUGUAGUGAACCCAGGCACAGAAAAGGGGUCAAAUAACAGAGUUAUGGACAAAGAGGUGAUAGAUUUUGGCUCCACCUCAGAUAACUGCUGUCCUGGUGGUGGUAUUCAGCAUGGUGUCAGCUGCACGCCGCAAGGAACACCAAAUAAACUGAAGGAAGCAGCAAGAACAAAGUCAGUUCUGAGCCAAGAGAAGCAGCAGCUGAUUGAAAUGGGAAACAGACUCAGAACAGACCUUGGAAUGAUAUUAAAGGAAGGACUCUGGCAUCCUAUUAGCCCAAAGCUCUGCACAGUCUGUGUUGGCUCUGGUGGCCUUUCUCCAAGAGAGCUUGUCAAAAGAACACAGUGUCAGCUUUCAGCUUUAAGGCAUCUGCAGCACAAGCUCAUAACACAGGAGCUGCAGUAUGCAAAGCAACAGCAUCUCUCCAGGAUCUCUUCUUUAAUUUCCUGCCCCAUCUCAAAGGGAGAAAAAGCUCCAGAAACGGAACCGUUAUCUGUUGAGGUUCAGCUCGAUUCCUCUGCUGGAAAUUAUGAGCCAAAGCAACAAAAGGCAGCUGCUGCAUCCUCAAAGGUUCCAAGUCAGCCACACAAGGAGAGCCCUGGUCAGGCCCAGCAGGUCUGGAUUUCUUCAUCUGGAGCACACAGUUCACGCCAAGCGGGGUUUGAAAUCACGCAUUCAACUGAGCAACCUGGAGAACAUCAGCAACACGGCAAUGCCACGGGUCAGCCUGCAACGCACACAGCACGUUUGGCAGUCACAGGUACCAGGCUGGAGGUUCAGCAGAAGCUAAAAUCCAAGAAUUCCCCGUGUAUGUACCCCAUCAAACGAAAGAUCUCUCCUACCGUGGCCAAAAUCCGCAACUACAACAUUAAGGACUGAUUUAUUUGUUGGCUGCAAGUUCUGUGUCUGCUGUUCAUAUGGAAACGUGAUCUAAAUAUCGCUUUGGUGUUGAUUUUUAUACGUCAGGUUGGGGUGUUUGAGGUCAGAAGAGAAAACAAAUACUCUGUCCCAUGCCGUCAGCCAGCAUAAAGGGUUAAUCCGCAUACGUGGUGAGAUUACAGUCUUCACUGUUAAUACAGGUUUAUUUUAAUUAUAUGCGUUCAAUAUUGCUUGCA